GAGAAAGAGAGAGUCGUCAUCCACUGUCAGAGAGAACAGCAGCGAGGAUAGAGGGCAUGAGUGGAAGACGAUAUGUGUGUUAACGCCAUGUUUACAUAUCCGUCGUCGCGCAGCGAUGGUAAAAGUAAGAGGAUUGGUGUGUUUUUGGUUGGUAAGGUAAGAUUCUUUUUGUUUUUCCGGACUAAAGAUGACACAAGGAUCGCGGAGCAAAGAGUUGAGAAGAGAGUGAUCAUGAUGGAGUGGCCGCCGAAGAGCGAGGUCACAAUGCCCAUAAGCGGCACUGGCUGUCCCAAGCCGCAACUUCGACUCGGCUGUAUCGAUGUCUUUGAAUCCAUUAAUCUCGGAAGGAGGCGUGGGAUAAGAGUGAUGUCAAUUUAUGGCAGGCCGAUUGCGAGCACAGCUUCGUGGUUGAGGGAGGAAAACAACGGCGUGUGAGUCGGAAGGUCGAGGUGGUAAGAAAAAUUGAUGAGUCCAUAUCGUGUCGAAUUGCAGACACCGAAUGAGCCCUGCUCGCGUAAUCGUCAUCUUCGGAUGAAGCUGAGCCGCUGUAGCAAAAGUGCAGUGGCCUCAUAGUCGGCGCGAGAAUCAACUCAGGUAGUAGAGAUAGAAUCGUUCUGAUGGUGGGCCAGUUGGGAUAGAAAUGACACGUGAGAAAGCAUAACUAGAGGUAAAGAGGGAGAAAGGAAAAGGGUAAGGAGAAAACGAAAGGGGGGAAGAGGGGAAUCGCAACAAACAGGACGGUGGCUGCG